GUGGAGAUGGCGGAGAGGGCAAUGAAGAAGAUACUAGACAUCGAAAGAGAAUCUGGAGGUGAUUUUGUGGUGGUAUCCAAUAUGCUCACUGAGCAUGGAAGGUUUAGUGAUGCUGAAAGAGCACGGAAGCUAGUAGAUGAGAUGAAUACUGUUAAGGUUCCUGGGCUUGCUUUGGUUGGUGAGAGUCAGUAAGUCGGAACCAAAUUAUUGGGAAGAAGCUCCACAUAGUUUUAAGAGGUUUUGUUCCAUCGUUAAAAUCUAGCCUUCCUACUUUAUGGAAGCAGAGGUGUUGAAUGACAUGUGCCGUACUGCAUUUCCACUCACUGAUCCACAGUUCAUGAAAAAAUCCAGUUUUCUUUCAGCAUUGUAAUGAUGGAAACCAUAAAGAAGCUUCAUGGCCAUCUCAUUGUUUCUGGGCUGCACAACUGCCAAUAUGCAAUGUCUAAGAUUCUCAGAUUCUAUGCUAUUCUACAACCAGAUUUGGUUCUUGCUCAUAAAGUAUAUGGGCAGAUUGAAGCACCAACAACUUACCUUCGGAAUAUCAUACUCAGGGGGCUUGCUCAAAGCGAUGCACCAGAAGAUGCAAUUGCUUUCUACAAGAAGGCUCGAGGAAAAUGUAUGGAGCCGGACAACCUGACGUUCCCAUUUGUAGUGAAGGCUUGUGCAAGGAUUGGUGCUCUUAAGGAAGGGAAACAGAUGCACAACCAUGUACUGAAAUUCGGGCUUCUUUCGGAUAUCUUCGUUUCCAAUUCGCUGAUUCAUCUGUAUGCUGCCUGUGGUGAUUUGUGCUGUGCAAGAUCUGUUUUCGAUGAGAUGCUGGUUAAGGAUGUGGUGUCCUGGAACUCUUUGAUAUGUGGAUAUAGCCGGCGCAAUAGAUUAAAAGAGGUUUUGAAGUUAUUCAAGUUGAUGCACGACGAAGGAGUUAGAGCUGAUAAGGUCACUAUGGCCAAGGUUGUUUCUGCGUGCACUCGUCUAGGAGAUUGGAGCAUGGCAGAUUGCUUGGUCAAGUACAUAGAGGAUUACUGCAUAGAGGUGGAUGUCUACUUGGGCAAUACUUUGAUAGAUUACUAUGGCAGACGUGGGCAGCUGCAAUCGGCAGAAAAGAUUUUCUUUAACAUGAAGGAUAGGGACACCGUGACAAUGAAUGCGAUGAUCACCGCAUAUGCAAAAGCUGGGGAUCUGGUUUCGGCAAGAAGAUUAUUCGAGGAAAUUUCUGGCAAAGAUCUGAUCUCAUGGAGCUCUAUGAUAUCUGGAUAUUCGCAAGCUAGUCAGUUCUCUGACGCCUUGGAACUCUUCAGGGAGAUGCAGAGAGCCAAGGUGAAACCGGACGCUGUCGUGCUCGCGAGCGUACUCUCUGCCUGCGCGCACCUAGGCGCUCUCGAUCUCGGCAAGUGGAUCCACGACUACAUGAGGCGACACGGGAUCGAAGCCGACACCAUCCUGCACAAUUCUCUGAUCGACAUGUACGCGAAAUGCGGAAGCACCAAGGAGGCGCUGCAGGUCUUCAGAGAAAUGAAAGAGAAGGACACCCUGUCAUGGAACUCGAUCAUAAUGGGGAUGGCCAACAACGGCGCCGAGGAGGAAGCUCUGAGCGCCUUCCAUGCCAUGAUCGCCGAAGGGUUCAGGCCGAACGAGGUCACCUUCCUCGGCGUGCUGAUCGCGUGCGCCAACGCGGAGCUCGUCGAGGAGGGACUCGGCCACUUCGAGAGCAUGAGGUCGGUCCACGGCGUGGAGCCGCAGAUGAAGCACUAUGGCGUAGUCGUCGACCUCCUGGGGCGCGCCGGUCGGCUGACGAAGGCGCUGAGGUUCGUCGCCGAGAUGCCCGUCGCUCCUGAGCUCGUCGUCUACAGGAUACUGCUGGGGGCGGCCAGAACGCACGGCGAUUUGGGCGUCGCCGAGGUGGUCGCCGAGAGGCUCAGGGAACUGGACGGCGGGAACAGCGGGGACUACACGCUGAUGAGCAAUGCGUAUGCGGGGGCUGACAGAUGGAGCGACGCCAUGGAGGUCAGGCAGCGGAUGGAGGAUAGUCGUGUGAGGAAAUUGCCCGCUUGCAGUGUCGUCGACUGCUGACACUGCUAGCUACAGAGUGAUGCUCGGGUCCAUGACCGAGAGAAUUAUGUCAAUUACUCUGCAACCAAUUUUGUCAUAACGAUGUGAAUAAUGCAAAGCAAAAAAAGAUGCAAAGCUAAAAAAAUAAAUGCACACCCGUAGGCAUAUAUCACUUGUAUUUAUAUAAUACUAGUAAAGAGAUGAUACAGAUACAAGCAACAGAAAACAACGAGAUUAUAAACGGCUGUACCAAUGCAUACCGCCAUCGCUGCAACUACCAAGCACCCACCAUCUUCGUCGUCACUGGAGAAGGAGAGCACCAAAAACUAGUCCACAUUUUGACGCUGAAGUAACCCCUAGGUUGGAGGCUUAACAAGCGCAAUAGCCACCAACCCUGAAAGGUUGGAUCUAGCCCGACAAGGCCCGUGAAUAGGCGGCAGAAUCCUCCACCAUCUUCCUCGCCGCUGCCACGCCACGACGCAGGCCAGAUCGAAACCGCUCCAACAGCUUGGACUCCACAAGCUUCUCCAGCUACACCUCCGAUGAGCAGAAGCAUGGGCUAGGAGACCAUUAUUCCUAUGAGCAUCAUCGACAUCUGCCCCACCAUGACAGCGCCCCAUUAUUGACACUCAAUGGCGGAGGAAACUUGAAGACCUAGAAACCCUAUGCAAAGGAUUUGCGGUGAGUUAACCAUUCGACGCUCUUAUAUAUCUCAAACAAAGACGUUUCAGUGUAACAAGGGUUCCAUCGAUUAGCCAAGUAGCGGUUUUGAAUAAUCUAGCAAUGCGGUACCUCUGGAAAUCGGUACCAAGACUUGGAAGCUACUCCCUCCGUCCCAUAAUAUAAGAGCGUUUUAACACUAGUGUAGUGUAAAAAGGGCUCUUAUAUUAUGGGACGGAGGGAGUAUAUAAUUAGGACGGGAGACUGGGAACUUGAAAUAAUCAGCUAGAGCCCCUUAAGAUCAAGGGCAAACUAUCACCACUGUACACUUUGCCGCCAACCGCAAUGAGAAAACUUACCAAGUGAUAAGAACCAACAUAAGAACCAUUCAUUAUAAAUAAACUCAUCAAGACAAUCCAAAACGUUAACACCAUUCAGCCUCAGAGAUAAGGUGCAAAUUCAAGAGGGCGGGGUAAUAACUUGACAAAGGUCUAUGAUAGUAGGAUAGGAAACAAGGCUAGGCAGCACAACUCUAUGUCUAUGGCGUAAUCAACUUUCAACG